AUGUCGAAAAAGAGCGCGCAGUGCCUGAACAACACCUCCUCGCUACUCACGCAUCCACAUAACUUCCGCGCCAUCACCUUCGACAUACCUCCACGAUAUGAAUUGUUCAUGGCUACCGUGCUCCCGAACUUCAAGCACACCCCGGUCAGGGCGAUAAUGUUUAGGCCCAACAGCAUGGUGGUCGAAUCGGUCUUAAACCAGAUGCUGUUAACUUAUCAGCAUCUACCAAAGGCCGAACUUCUCAUGAUACCAAGUCACGACUUUGGAGACCUGACUCGAAUCCAAGGCACGCACGGCUUCAUGCGGCGCCUCUGGACAUUCAUAGAUCCACGGAACAAGGACCAGCGCAACUGGAUCAGAUCUCACAACGCAUCGGUCACGCGUCACACACUAAUCGGACCACAUGUACGGGCGCCCCCAGGAAAGUAUCUAUCUGGCAAUGCACCUCCGCAGAUCCGAGAGCUUACCGGUCACUUUGGCAUGUGCAUCCGACUCAUUCGAAUUGCACCCAGCACGCGUUUCGAUGAUCUCAAAGACCGACCGCUCGACUUGAUAUGCGCCCCAUAUGCGCCGGCGGAUAUCGUUCGUGGGAUGAUCGACAGUAAGCGGCAAUACCGCGUCCAUUCAGUAUCGAUCGUCAACGACAACUAUAAAGACAACACUUUGAUGGACAAUGUGCUGGUUCGACUUUUCGAACAAAUGCCCAACGGUAUCAUACUGGAAGAACUUCGAGUGGCCGAAGUCAAUCUCCUUCUCAAGACGGGUUACAUUCCACAACAUGCCUAUCUAGUCAACAAGAUCGGUCUCUUACGCCUGUACAACUGCCCAGGAUUAAGCCAAUUCACAAGCGUCGAUGCCUUCAGAAACUCUGAUCUACACACGUUCAUCUACCUAUGGGAUUACCCAAAGCUGAACCCAGAAGUACGGGAUGGAGUCUUUCGCAAUGUGACAAGACAUUGCAGCAAAUUGGAGCACUUCUGCUUCCACGCGCGAAGAGACAUCUCGGACGAGCAAGUCAAAACUGCGCUCAGCGCUCCUGAUGCCAAUGGCCAAACAAAGCCUGUAUCGCGAAAAGAGCGAAAGAAGGCAAGACAAAGCGAGGUGUAUGGCAUCGGGCACCUACUGCGCAAGUUGCCUCCGAUUUUGAAGACACUUUCCCUGCGCAUUGGAGAGAGGUCAGAAGUUCCUGACCAGGAACUACAACUUCUGGGUCAGUACUUCCCAGAUCUAAGACACGUCGGCAUUCCUUGCCCAGUGCUCUGGGAUGCGAUUGAAGUAGGUCACUUGAGUGACGAUAUGUGGAGAGAUGUUGGCGAACAAGCAACAAUUCUCUCCACUAUCUAUGGACUCGAAUACCUACAUUUGUUUGUCGCAAACCUGGGAACAGAGCCUAGGAUGGGCACCAAGGCCAUCAGCACGGCACUCCAGCGUGUUGCGUACGAAGUCCUCGCUAUCGUCUCAAGUGAGUGCAGAGGACUCAAGUACCUCUCUAUCACGGUAUGGGACUUCGUCGAGCACGCUGGAGGGAAGUCGGAGCCUGUAGCUGUGCACCUGAAAGUCAACAGGGAUGACUCAAAGCAGUCGGAGCUUGUGUGGGCGAAGGAGCUGGGCGUCGACAUGGAGCUGUAUGGUGACACAAAGGAGUGUACAUACGAGGGCAUCGUGGAUACGAAGACGGCGCGGUGGGCGAGGCCGAAGUACUGA